AGCAUUGAUUUGCAAACUCACGUCGCGUUACGUCACGAAAACAGCGCUUCAAACAUGGCGGACAAGAGCGGUCAAGGGGAGCCCAGACCUGACGCGCAGUUCGCGAAGAGAAUAGACCCCUCAAAAGAAGAGCUGACCAGGGAGCAGCUGCGGUUCAUCCAGCAAGUGGAGAUGGCGCAGUGGAAGAAGAAAGCAGGCCAGCUCCGCGGGAGAAACGUCGCGACGGGACUCGCCAUCGGCGCCGUGGUGCUCGGCAUCUAUGGCUACACUUUCUACUCCGUGUCUCAAGAGAGAGUCAUGGAUGAAAUCGAUGAAGAAGCCAGAGCUGCAAAGCUACAGGCCCCAAAGACCGGAGCCAUCUGAACUGAGAGCGCGCUGUGCCCUGACCGCGGCCAGCAGGGGGCGCCGGACACUGACCAACACCAGGAGGAUCAUGUGUCUGAAUCACAGACAUGGAGCCUGAACAUCAUGAUAUUCUGCUAUGAACACUGGCUACAGGAACUGAUCUUUCAGUGCGAACGCGUAAUCCGAGUGAGAUCAGUUUCAGGAAAGUUUUGUUUAUGUUUGACUUUUUUUAUGAACUCAAUAAAAAUGUGUCCUAGA